AUGGAUUAUGAAGCACAUUUAGAGACGAUUAAUGAGGCCUUGAAGCAGGAUCCGGACAACGCUGAACUACUACAACUCAGGAAAGAUAUAAUAGAGGUUAUAGAACUUGAGAAGGAAUCCAAAAAUGUUACAUCUUCAAAUGAUGGUGAAAUAGACGAUUUGUCGGUUGUAUCUAAGCCACCUAUCACUAGUGUACCAGAUGAAGUGAAUUGCAAAAAAUAUGUGGGCAGAAUCUGUUCAGUUAUUUACCAAGGCAAACCUACAUAUUCUAAAAUCAUCGCAGCAACAAAUGAUAAACUAACACUGGAUCUUUUUGGCCUAGAAAAACAGGCAACUGCUACUAUAUCAGAAAUUAGAUUGCUGGAAGCUCCAAACCAAUCGCAGUGUAAACCGGGCACUAAACUACAAGCACUUUAUCAGCCUGACGGACUAUGGUAUAAUUGUACAAUAGACAAGAUCACGCCAUUAGGUUAUUAUAUAACCUACUGCGACUACGACACUAGCGAAUUGGUUGGAUUUGAUCAAGUCCGAAUUCCAACAAAUCAGCAACUUCAUAAGAACGGGGUAAAAGAAAUAAUUACCCCUGCCGGCUAUCGUAUUCCAGAAAAUCUCAUUGUAAAAGAUACAGACACUGAGAAGCAGAGGAUGAAGAAGAGAAAAAUAGUUUCCAGUUUAAAGAAGAAGCAAAAACAGGAGAGUAUUGACAAAGAGAUUGAGAGUAGGGUUAAUUCAUGGCGAAACUUUCAGCAGAAGGUCAAGCCUAGAAUUUGA